AUGUUAUCCAUUAUUCGAAAUAUUGUUGUUUGUCAACAGACGAAGUUCUUUCGUUUAAAUGCUUUUAUUCGUUUAACUAGUUCAUUACAAGAAAAACAUAAAGAACAUUCAAUAAAGGCAAAAGAUUUUUUUGUUGAUCCAAAUUUAAUUCAAGCAUUUAAAAAAAUAAAAGAAGGUGAUUAUAGACCAACACCAAUUGAUAUGAAUUCAUUAAAAUCUAAUCCAAAUGUUUCAUCAACUGACAUGAAUUCAUUAAAAUCUAACCAAAAUGUUUCAUCCGUUCAUAUGAAUUCUAAUAAUCCAUUAUCAAAACGUGAAAAACUUCGUCAAGAUAUGCUUGGUAAACUUGUGUAUGUUGGAAAAUUAGAUAAACCAUUUAAAGCCGCUAAAUCACUUUCAUUAGCAUCAAGCAUUGGUGGUGCUAUUUGUUAUCCAGUUAUGAUACCAAAAAUUCUUGAAGAAACAUCUUUAUUUGUGGCUAUUGGUUAUACAAUAAUAUCAGCAACAUUUGUUCUUUUAACACCAUCUCUUAUACAAUUAAUAUGUAAACGAUAUUUAACAUCAUUAUAUUAUCAUGAACAAACAGGACAAUUUACGGGUUUUUAUAAAAAUUUUUUUAUGAUGGAAAGACAAAUAAGAUUUCGUGCUGAAGAUGUUGAAGUACCUCCAAUAACUGGAAUGUUUACAUCAAUGUUGAUUAAAAAAAAUCCAUACUUUAUUAAUCAUGACGAUUUUUAUGAUAAACAAGUAUUAAUUAAAAUGUUAGGUUAUGAUAAAGAAUUUGAUUUUAGUAAAUAUACAAAAGAUAUACAAAAAGGUGAUGAUGAUGAUGAUGAUGUUAAUGUUAAUAAUAACAAUAGGACAAAAUGA